CUGAGCGGCGGAGAGCGUCAGGAAUGGCGAAGGAGCGGAAUGGUCCUCCAGCCGCGCGGCACAUGUGAGCCAAGAGGCCACCGGUAACCGUUUUUUUUUUUAUUAUUAUUUUUGAAAGGACACAGGGAAAGGGGGCAGAGAGAAGACAGCGGAGAGGAGAGACAUCUGAGAGCUGACUGUCACCUCGACACGAUGGUCUGUCUGCGGGGAUUCAGCUGGGUCUUCCUGAGCGCUCUCCUGCACAAUGUGGCACCCUGGGGCGCACACCGACCGGACAGACCGAGGCAGUGCGACGCGCCGAAGUCGCAAAGUGACAUGAACUCUUUCCUGUGGAGAGUAAAGCGAGCUCCCCCGCACCCACCUUCCUACUUAUUUGGGACCAUCCACGUGCCCUACACUCGAGUCUGGGACUUCAUCCCAGACAGGUCCAAACAGGCUUUUCACAACAGCCAGAAUGUGUUCUUUGAGCUGGACCUGACUGACCCUCUGACCAUCUCCAAGCUGACCAGCUGCCAGCUGCUGCCCCACGGGGAGAACCUGCAGACUCUGCUACCUCGAGACUUGUACCGUCGUCUCAAACGCCACCUGGACUAUGUCAAACACAUGAUGCCGUACUGGAUGACGGCCGACCAGAGAGGCCGCGGCCUCUACGCUGACUACCUGUUCAACGCCAUUGCGGGAAACUGGGAGAGGAAAAGGCCGGUGUGGGUGAUGCUGAUGGUAAACUCGCUGACUGAGUGGGACGUUCGGUCCAGGGGGACGCCUGUGCUGGAUCUGUUCUUGGCUCAAGAGGCUGAGAGGAUGAGAAAGACGACAGGGGCGGUGGAGCGGGUGGAGGAGCAGUGUCACCCCCUCAACGGGCUCAACUUUUCUCAGGUGCUGUUUGCUUUGAACCAGACGCUGCUGCAGCACGAGGGCGUCCGAGCUGGCAGCCUGCAGGGCUCCUACACCACUGAGGACCUCAUUACCCACUACAACUGUGGAGACCUGAGCUCCAUCAUCUUCAACCAUGACACCUCACAGCUGCCUCACUUCAUCAACAGCUCCCUGCCAGCUCAUGACCGCAUGACCGCCCUGCAGAUCGACAGCUACUUCCGCCAAGAGCUCAUCUACAAACGCAACGAGAGAAUGGCUCGCCGUGUGUCCGCCUUGCUGCAGAGAAAUCCCAACCAGACAUACUUUUUUGCAUUUGGUGCAGGUCACUUCCUGGGGAACCACAGCGUGCUGGACAUCCUGAGGCAGGAGGGCUACGAGAUCGUCCACGUGCCCCCUGAUCACCAAGAGCCAGUCACAGAGAGCCAACCAGAUAAAGAGGCUGCAGAUCACUCCAGCGAGGAGGGCACCGACACCAGCACGACAUCUCCUGACAGCUGGCUGAGCAGUCCAUCGGACAUGGAGCUGGAGCUGGACGACCCAGAGAACAUGCCCGGCCUCGGAGACGAGGAGCUGCCUCACAUUCUGCUCCCAGACAGCCUGAGCCAGCUGGAGGAGUUUGGACGACACAAGCGGCCUCGCAAAGCUCACCGCGGCCACGGGAGGACCCGCCUCUUCAGUGACCUGUGGGUCCGCAUCGGGGAUAGCACUACUCCUCCACCCAAUGUGAGGAUAAUCAAUGGCUACGUGACGGUGGAGCCUCCGCUGACUCAUCAAGAGCAGCACAGGCGGAUGGACGUCCCCGCCACGGAGCGCCAUCCCAGUCCGGCUUCCUCCCCUCCGCCCAACCCCAACCCCAGCUCCGCCCAGCCAGCCUCGCUCCACAGCGCGCUCACACUGUCUUGUAUCUUCGCCUGGCUGUUAUCACACAUGCUGUUCACCUCCUGACCACAGGACAGCGUUAUCUCACAGACACUUCACUACAGACACUACUGCCUCCAUACCAGAGCAGUGGAAUGUACCUGAUAAACAAGGAACAACCGUCAAACACACGCAGAAAAGAGAUGGAGGAACAAUCCUGCUGUCAUUCUCCACCUACAG